AUGAUUGUUGGUUGUGGUUCCAGCAAACUGAGCAAGAUUCUCUACGACCUCGGCCACCGGAGGAUCACGAAUGUCGACAUAGACGAGGGGAUCAUCGAGGACAUGAAGAGAAAGUACGAGGAGGAAGCGCCGGAGAUGAGCUGGGUUACCUGCGAUAUCACCAAGGCGAAAGAGUCCCUGGAAGAGGAUGAAUCCUUCGACCUUAUCCUCGAUAAGGGGACUCUAGAUGCUCUCCUCUGCGCGGACGGCGUGACCGAUGGGUAUAUGGAGAUCCUGCGGCUGCUCAGGGUUGGCGGAGUAUUUUCGGUGAUCUCUUUCAGACCUGCAGAGCUCAUCGCCCAGUUCCUUCGUGUACCUGAGCUGCCGGUGGAGGUUGAGAUCAAGACGCUGGAGACAGGCUCGUCGACGAGGAAGGCCAGCAUGUUCCUGCUGCGCAAGAUCAGCGCACUGCCCUGGGUAGACCGUGAUGAAGUCAGGAGCUACCAGAACGACGUCAUCAAGGUCAGCUAG